CGUAGCUUAGUUCAAGGCGUAUUCUCUUGGGCCUGCAAAAUAGUUGCCUAGUUUUAGGCAUUUUUCCCAUUCCUGUGUAGCGGUAAGUGGCCACUCCUUCCCUGUCCGCGUAGCUAGAAGUAGCUUGUUGAUUCGACAAUGGUCAUUCAACGCGUGUGGCGCUCGUCUCCCUCAACAUCUUCGGCUGCUGCUGGAGCUUCUGCGAACACCACUGCUGCUGCAAGUGCCCAUGCAAUUACAGCAGCAACAAGUUCCUCUGAAUCAAGUGUGACAGCAACGGGCGCUCCGGAAGCGGAAUGUAGCGGUUCGUCUGUCAAUCUUCAACUCACAGGAAGUGGUGGUGGAAAAUUGCAGCGCCCAAAAUUAACCGGCGAUGCUAUGCUGGAAGUGUUGAAAAGACGCUAUUCCGGCCGUUCAUAUGCGAACCAAUCCUCGAACGAUGCAGCGCUGAAAUCAUUAGAAUUGCUUCGUGCCAACUUACAGUAUCUGUUCGACAAGGAAAUAGACGUGAUCAUCAAAAAGUUUAGUUCACUGUUCUUCAUUCCAGCAGUUAAAAAUAUAAAGGAAAAUCUAGGAGAGAAUGCUAUCUCCGAGGAGAUCCUAAAGACGACUUACUGCUCACUUUUGGAGGCAAGCAAAGCUCAAUACGUUGGCCAGAUCUCAUCCCCAGCAGAAAACUCACUGUCCAGAGCUAACACGCCGGGAAUGGAAUUAAGUGACUCCGAUUCUAGCACAGACAAUGUGGUUCCAUCCGGAACCACGAGCCUCCUUCAACAGGCUCUGAAACGAAAACUUCCCGAACCAAAUCAACCGGAUACGUUUAAGAGGCAAUACUUCCUGCAAGGUUCCCUCUACCCUCAAACCCAGUACCCGAUAUUGCAAUCUCUUGGAAAUGUUCCACCAACUCUAACAUACCAACAGAACAGGCCCUCCAUUUCUAAUCUAGCCGUUUUCACCACAACUAUUAGUCCGGAAACUCUAUUCAUCCUCGAUUUUAAAGCCGGUCGAGCGCUGGGUGUGGCAGAUUUUCGUGACCGACUGGCCAACAAGCAUCCGGAAAUCCUUCGAUACUGUCCGGACAAUCAGGACCGCGAGUGGCUGCUGCAGCAGAAGCAAAUUUCUCCCCUAAAUCGAAAUGGUCGAUUCUAUCUGCUCGUUUUAGACGAGGUGAAAAAACUCGCCGAAAGAAACGUCGAGUAUUCCAACAAUCCGUAUCUGAAGUUGGCCGAUCUGCAAGGUUUCAAGUUAACGGAACUUAUCUACGCUAAGGUGCAGAAGCUAAUCAAGGAUAGCGGAGAGCUGUGUGGAUUGAAGGCGCCGUUGGCUUCGACCGUAACCACAAUUUCGGCAGUAAGUGGCAGCUCUCAGCAGAGGACACGUGUUUCCUCACUCAGCUCCUCGCAUGCCACAUUAACGGCCUUGCUGGCGUCUCCGCAGCAGUCCACUGGUGGGACCUCGGUGGGUGCGGAGGCCAACUCGGCAGCCACGAUCGCUGGUGUCGCGAAUUCAACUACCAGUGGAGAAAUGAAGACUUAAAUGGUAUUGACUAACAGAGAAAGAUGUUUCCUAUUUUGCAGGUAUAUAAAGUAACUGCGGAAAAAAGAGUAGACUAGAGCACAAGCGGUAAGCGCUUGUGCUGUGUACAUAUCGGCAUUUUACAAAAGUUGCGAUGUGCGGGAAUAUUUGGAAGGCGGAAAGACGGUUCGACUGAAGCUUACAAGUUACAACUAUUACCAAUGCAUGUGUGAGGCUGUUCCUGUUUAUAUUUCUUGUAUGUUUGCUGACUGUGUCGUGCUUUACAUGUUUUUAAUAAAUAGAUUUCACCGAUAG